ACUAGAGAGUCUGUCCCAGCCGCCCGCCGCCUCCAUGCCUGGCUCGCGGCCGGCGGGCUCUGACUGGCUGAAGCGGAGGCGGUUUCUGCGUGGCCCCGGAAGGACAUAGAGCGACUGGCGGGAGGAGGAAGCGGCCGGGAGGCGGAGGAAGGCUGAGGGGGGCGGUUGCGUGCAGACCACACGUCGGCUCCUGGUUUGCCUCUAGACGCCGUCUCUCCCGGAUCCGAGCCCGCCGAACCCUCUCGGCCGACCCUCCUUGGGUUUCCGGGAGCUGGAGCGAGCGACUGCGCCUGCGCGCCGGUGGGUCCGCGCUCCUCGCCGCUGUCCUCGCGCCGGCCGGCUGCUGGACGGUUCCUGCCGUGCCUCCUGCCCGGCGUCUCGGUUCUGAAGUGCACCGGCGUGCGGCAUGUCGCGGCGGCGGCACAGCGACGAAAACGAUGGGGGCCAGCCUCACAAAAGGAGAAAGACCUCUGAUGCAAAUGAAACUGAAGAUCAUUUGGAAUCUUUAAUAUGCAAAGUAGGAGAAAAGAGUGCCUGCUCUUUGGAGAGCAACCUAGAAGGCCUAGCUGGUGUUUUGGAAGCUGAUCUUCCUAACUACAAGAGCAAGAUCUUAAGGCUUCUUUGUACAGUUGCGCGUCUCUUACCUGAGAAGUUGACGAUUUAUACAACAUUAGUCGGACUGCUGAAUGCCAGGAAUUACAACUUUGGUGGAGAAUUUGUAGAAGCCAUGAUUCGUCAACUUAAAGAAUCACUGAAAGCGAACAACUAUAAUGAAGCCGUAUAUUUGGUUCGCUUUUUAUCUGAUCUUGUGAACUGUCACGUAAUAGCUGCCCCAUCAAUGGUUGCUAUGUUUGAAAAUUUUGUAAGUGUAACUCAGGAAGAAGAUGUACCUCAGGUGCGGCAGGAUUGGUAUGUGUAUGCAUUUCUAUCGUCUUUGCCCUGGGUUGGAAAGGAAUUGUACGAAAAGAAAGAUGCAGAAAUGGACCGCAUCUUUGCCAACACUGAAAGCUAUCUGAAAAGACGCCAAAAGACUCAUAUACCCAUGUUACAAGUAUGGACUGCUGAUAAACCACAUCCCCAAGAAGAGUAUUUAGAUUGCCUGUGGGCCCAGAUUCAGAAAUUGAAAAAGGAUCGCUGGCAGGAACGGCACAUCCUAAGACCUUAUCUUGCCUUUGACAGCAUCCUGUGUGAAGCCCUGCAGCACAAUCUGCCUCCUUUUACUCCACCUCCUCACACGGAAGACUCGGUGUACCCGAUGCCGCGGGUCGUCUUUAGGAUGUUUGAUUACACGGAUGACCCUGAGGGUCCUGUUAUGCCAGGGAGUCAUUCCGUGGAAAGAUUUGUAAUAGAAGAGAAUCUUCACUGCAUCAUUAAGUCCCACUGGAAGGAAAGGAAGACGUGUGCCGCACAACUAGUGAGCUAUCCAGGGAAGAACAAGAUCCCCUUGAACUACCACAUAGUUGAGGUGAUCUUUGCAGAGCUGUUUCAGCUUCCAGCACCCCCUCACAUUGAUGUGAUGUAUACAACACUUCUUAUUGAACUGUGCAAACUUCAACCUGGCUCUCUGCCCCAAGUUCUUGCACAGGCAACUGAAAUGUUAUACAUGCGUUUGGACACAAUGAAUACAACAUGCGUAGAUAGGUUUAUUAAUUGGUUCUCCCAUCAUCUAAGUAACUUUCAGUUCCGUUGGAGCUGGGAAGAUUGGUCAGAUUGUCUUACUCAAGAUCCUGAAAGUCCCAAACCAAAGUUUGUAAGAGAAGUACUGGAAAAAUGUAUGAGGUUGUCUUACCAUCAGCGUAUAUUAGAUAUCGUUCCUCCUACCUUCUCAGCUCUAUGUCCUGCAAACCCAACCUGCAUUUACAAGUAUGGAGAUGAAAGUAGCAAUUCUCUUCCUGGACAUUCUGUUGCCCUCUGUUUAUCUGUUGCCUUUAAAAGUAAGGCAACCAAUGAUGAAAUCUUCAGCAUUCUGAAAGAUGUACCAAAUCCUAACCAGGAUGAUGACGACGAUGAAGGAUUCAGUUUUAACCCACUGAAAAUCGAAGUCUUUGUACAGACUCUGCUACACUUGGCAGCCAAAUCAUUCAGCCACUCCUUCAGUGCUCUUGCGAAGUUUCAUGAAGUCUUCAAAACCCUAGCUGAAAGUGAUGAGGGGAAGUUACAUGUCCUAAGAGUUAUGUUUGAGGUCUGGCGGAACCAUCCACAGAUGAUUGCUGUACUAGUAGAUAAGAUGAUUCGUACACAGAUUGUUGACUGUGCUGCAGUAGCAAAUUGGAUCUUCUCUUCAGAACUAUCUCGUGACUUUACUAGAUUGUUUGUUUGGGAAAUCUUGCACUCCACAAUUCGUAAGAUGAGCAAACAUGUUCUGAAGAUCCAGAAAGAGCUAGAAGAAGCUAAAGAAAAACUUGCAAGGCAACACAAACGGCGAAGUGAUGAUGAUGACAGAAGCAGUGACAGGAAAGAUGGGGCUCUUGAGGAGCAAAUAGAAAGGCUACAGGAAAAAGUGGAGUCAGCUCAGAGUGAACAAAAGAACCUCUUCCUUGUCAUAUUUCAGCGUUUUAUCAUGAUCUUGACUGAGCACUUGGUACGAUGUGAAACUGAUGGGACCAAUGUAUUAACACCAUGGUAUAAGAACUGUAUAGAGAGGCUCCAGCAGAUCUUCUUACAGCAUCACCUAAUAAUCCAGCAGUACAUGGUGACCCUGGAGAACCUUCUCUUCACCGCUGAAUUAGACCCUCACAUCCUGGCUGUGUUCCAGCAGUUCUGUGCCCUGCAGGCCUAAGUGUCAUGUUUUCCUUCUUGUCAAGAUUUUUUUAAAUAUCUUAAAAUAAUUUGUCUUAUUUUUGAUGGUUUGAAUGCUUGCUUUCUUGUAGUAUCCUUCACUUAUUAAAUGAAACAAAGGGGGAGGAGGACAGUGAGGAACAUGAAGUUGGUUAUCUUUAAUUGCCCGUACAAAGCAAACGAUUUCCUAAUGACAGUAAUGUGACGCUGACCAUGGGACGUCUUAUGUGCGACAGAUACAGCUUUUCUAAUUUGGUAUUUUCUUAAGGCAUUAAAAAAAUAGAUAACUAAUUUGAGGUAUGUGAAACACUAAAGGUCAAGCUUCCAAAGUAGUAUAUAGAACUGGUGCAUUUAUUACCAAGUAGCGUAGCUUUUCACAGCUCCUGGAUAACCUAACAUGGCUGAAUAAAACUAUGUUUUUUAAACUUUAGUAUUUCAUGAUUUAUCAUCAGUCUGCUUUAAAAUUGGUAAUUUCUUACUGAAGAUAUAUUUAUCUUCACUUGAAAUUUUCUCUUCAAAAUAUUUUUAGUAGUAUCUUAUGACACUUUGUUAGUAUAUAAAACUGUUACUACUUAAGAGCAGUCGUUCCCAAAUUUGUCUGAAUAUUAGAAUUACUUGGGAAUCUUCUAGAAACGAUUUUACAAAUUAAACCACUCUCUCUGCAAGUGCGACACAGUAGUUCCUAACGUCCCCCAGGUGAUUCCAAUGGGCAGACAAGUUUAGGAACCACUGUCUUAGAGCUGCAGCCCUAGUGGCACAGUAGUUCAUGUGGUCAGCUGCUAACCAAAAGGUGGGCAGUUUGAACCCACCAGCCACUUCGACGGAGAAAGAUGUGGCAGUGUGUUUCCAUAAAGUUUAAAGCCUUGGAAACCCUAUGGGGUUUUUGGUACACAGCCAGAGCUUGGAAUCAGUUUUUUCCGGUUCAAACCCCUGCUGAAAAUUCGCGUUCCCGCCCCAGAUGUCGGCAGUCCUCGUAUUAUGAAUGAGACCAGUUCCUGUGUCUGAAGUCGCAUUUUUAGUAAGCUGGAACAGGUGCAUACAGUUCUUACUUAGCAUUUACUACAAGACUCAGGCUGUUUCAGCGAUUUAGAAGCUGCACGUGCAGGAAGUUAAGCUGAUCGUGAGGAAGGAUUUGUCGGAUUUGUAGUGAGGGCAGAUUUACAUCACAGAAAAGAGUAAGUACUAGUUGUCCUCAAGUCAGACAGACGUCUGUUAGCUGUAUCCUGAACCAAUCUACAUUUUAACAAGAUCCCCAGGUGAUUCUUAGAGAUACUAAAUUUUGAGAACCACUGCCCUACUCCCUAACCAGCAGCAUUAGCAUUGCCUGGGAACUUGUUAGAAAGGCAAAUUCCCAGCAGGGGUUUGAACCAGAAUGAACCUGUUCCAAGCCCUGCCUAGAGCAUCCAGUCAUUUCUCCUAGCCUCUGAAGGUCAUAUAGAGGUAGCCAGACUGGCUAAAGCUAUACUUGGAAUUAGAUAAGGGUCUGAAUUUUGUUUCUAGGAAAUCUGGUCCAAGUAACUACUAAUUCCUACAUGGUUUUGAGACUGUUUUGUAAAAUAAGUCUCACAUUCCAAAUUGGCAAUCUGACAUUCCAGAUUUCUAGAAUUUUUUUUACUUCUUUCAUGAAGCUUUAGAGAAACUUUACCAAUAAUCCCACAACUACUGGUAGUGUUUUUGUGUGCUUCCAACAUAGGUAUCUCCUUUUACUCAAUGUAUAAUAAGCUUAUGAUGCAUUGAGCAUUCUCCGUAUAUGGUGUUUUUGGUGUACCAUACAUUCACUUGGCUACAGAAUAUAGUCCACUCAAUAGAUGGAAAUUCCUAAGAUUUUUAAAACCAUACUGUCUAAGACAAGAAAUAAUUAUUCACAAGAUCAUGGUUGCAUGGUAGGAUACUAGCAGAAAGGGGUAAAAACUCAGGUUCUUGGCUAAUGUUCUUUUGUUUACAUGUUCCUCCUUCCCAUUGUGUGAGCACAGCACAAACUAUAUAGUUACUUAGAAAUGGCUCCUGUCCUCAAGGAAUCAAAGGAUAAUCAUUUAAGUCGUUGCAGCUUUUUAUUUGAGCCUGACCUGCUUUGUAAUCCUUGCAUAAUGUAUUGCAAAGUUUGGCUAGUUGUACUUGAUCCAGAUUCUAGAGGGGUUUGUAGGUUUUCAUUUCCUUUUUUCUUGAAUCCUCUCUUCAUGUGUAAUGGUUACUUCUAACAACUGUUCUACUGAUGUGACCUGCCCUGUCCCAGUCUGAACCUAUAUCUAUGGAAAAGCUGAAAUAGGGAUUGAAUUUGGAAGAAAUAAAAGUACAAGAGUAAACAUUCACUUUCCCCAGUAAUGAACUCACACAGACAAAAGGAUGGCACGUCACUACACGUCACCUUGCAAUAAAUCAAUAUUCUGUUAAGUGUAUUGAUGCCUUUUAAUAUGCUUUUGAUAAAGUGAGCAUACACUGUUUUCCUUGAUUCCAAAUCUCCCCUCCAGGAAUUAGUCGUGCAGCGAUUCAAAUGAAGAUAACGUGUUUUGUUUUCCUGGAAAUAAUUUAGCAUUGGUUUGUAUAAUUACAUCCGAAAAUGAAAGACAAGGAAAGACCUUGCUAACAUGGGUAAAACAGAUUGAGCUGUCAGUGAUAUCUGGAUACCAGGAUUGUCUAAAACUCAUGACGGUAAAACGUGAAUACAAACAUACCUCAACUAGACGAAACUAAAUAUACUGGUCUUGAUGUUAAUAUGUGCUCAUUAACUGGUGGCUAUUAGUGCCAGGUGCUAUAAACGCACCAUAUUUAUUCAUCACAGUAGUCCUGCCCACAGGCCCCUAGAGAACUUGCCCAAGGUCGGCAGCCAUUAAGUGGAGUUUGAACCUAGACCAUCUGGUUCAAGAGCUCAUCCCUUCCUCAUUGCAGCCCAAACCCCUAAUUGUUACUCUUUCAUCAAGAUGGAAGCUUUUUUGUCCCAGGGAAUAUUCUGUCCCUGUUCAGAAUCAACACUUGAGAAAUAUAUAAAACAUUUCUGCAUUGAAUACUUACGUAGGGUAAUUAUAGUCUCAAGCCUGACUGUUAUGGUUUGACUUAUUUUGACUUUUGCCUUUCUCCAAGAAUAAUCGCUAGCAGCUGGUUGAAAGAUAAAAAUGUAUACGUGCCCUACCUAUAUUUGUAGCUGUAGGAUAAAGAGUUAUAUUAAAGAACAACCUGAAAAUACCCAGUUUUAUCUUAACUGAAUUUUUGUCAAAAAAAAAAAAUGCAUAGUUCCUAUAGUCAAGCACAUGGGAUCAAAUCCUAUUAUUUACUAGCUGUAACUAUUCUGUAAUCCUUUUUACAAGAUACGGGGGAAUGUGAUCAGCUGAACUUGAUCCAAAUGCCUGGAGUGAUGUGAGAUGAUGUCACUUCCUUCCCUCAAAAAAAAAAAAAAUAAACCCAGUGCCAUCAAGUUGAUUCCAACUCAUAGUGACCCUAUAGGACAGAGUAUAGCUGCCCCAUAGAGUUUCUAAGGAGCACCUGGCAGAUUCAAACUGCUGACCCUUUGGUUAGCAGCCAUAGUAGCACUUUACCACUUUGCCACCAGGGUUUCCUCCUUCCCUCAGAAGUGCCAAAUAAGCACAAAAGCAAGUUGUCUCCCUUUCAGGAUUGCAUGAGAAUACCCAUGAGGCACUUAGCAUAGUGCUUGCCUGGCACGUAGGAAGUGGUAGUGGUGGUUAUGAUAAACUUAUCAGUACCUGAUUUGGUCAACAAUCAGAUAGUCAACCUUGAAAAUGGCUGUUUAUCCAUUUUUAAUCUAGCAUUUGAAAAGGGCUGCCUAGACACUAAUGUCUGAGAACAUGGCCAGACUCCCACAAUUCAUUUUGUGUUCCAGCUAUUUGUCAUGACUUCUCCCAGCAAUAGUUCCCUACACCCUCCACAGCAUUGGAAAACAGAAAUACCCUAGAAGGCCUGACCCAUCCUCUAAAGUGCAGAGGUAUACUACCAUUCCUGUUUGUUUCUUGGGAUGAGUCCAGUUCAGCCAGCAUUUGCCUUUAUUUAUCUUCCUCCUACCCUAGCAGUCUAGAGUCUGCAUUAGUCUCUUAUUCCUUCAAUCCAUAGCUCUAACCUGCCGCUUUUGAACAUACUCUACCACUCAGCUCCUCACCCAUUAUGGAAACAACAAUCACAGAUCCAAUACUCUGCCCACAGCUGGGCCCUUUGAACCUUAACUGACACUUGUUCUUAGGCCAUAUUGUACAUACUUUUAAUGAAGCAGUAUCUAUACAGUAUUUCAUCUACAGAGACUUCUACAUUUCGGUGAAUUUUGAAUAGAAUUUAAAAUUACUUUGAAUUCAUACUCCCUAGGGUCAAUCUUUGGAAAACCCUUGUGUAGUAAGAAAGAGCUACGGCUGCUAACCAAAAGGUCAGCAGUUGGAAUCCACCAGGCACUCCUUGGAAACCCUAUGGGGCGGUUCCAUUCUGUCCUUUAGGGUCGCUGUGAGUCGGAAUCCACUCGAUGGCUACGGGUUUAAGGCGAAUCUAAAUUUCCUUUAUUUAAAUACAAAAUACUGUAAAACAGAUCACUGAACUAAAAAUUACAUUUUCUCAUAAGUCAGUUCAUGGCCACACACAGUACAAGUCUUUCGGUACAUGUCAUCUUCUACAUUUUCUUCUGGUCCAUACUCAUGCUGAUGUGCAGCUGUUUCCCUUUUCCACACACUGCUUCUUAUUGCUCGCCGCAAUUCUAAGAUAAAAAUAAAAGUCAGUUUUUCAUUGGUGGUGUUCAGCUGAACCCCAAAAUAAAUCCAUCAGGCUUUCCGCUACAUCUAUAAAUAGAUAAUAAUCAAAAUUGAUUAUGUAAAAACUUGGCAAGCUUACUUUUUUACCUCUCUGGUGUAGCCUGUGAAAUCAUUCAAGUUAUUGUUAAAGUAGUGUGAAAUGGGAGACUCAGAAUGGGGUUAAAGAGAUGGCAACAAGAGAACCAACAGACGUAAGGGGAGAUGAGUUAACAGGAUACCGUGUGUUUGGGCAGCUGACUGUAGAAAACUGGAUGUCGCAGCAGGAAAGGAGAGUGAGCUGAAAUGACUUAAGAAAAACAUUUUUAAAUUCUUUGUGUAUAAACUGGGAGCUACUUUUAUCUAAAAGGCCUGUCAAGCUUUGCUUCCAAAAAAAGAAAAAAAUUAAUGCCAAGAACUCUGCCACUAUGCUGAUGUCUCAUCUCAGAAAAACUGCUCACGCACUUGACCUUAAGUCUCUUAAGUUCUUUAUCCUAUAAAAUGACGGCACCAUCUUAAGAGAGUUGCUAAAAAUUAUUAGAAAGCAUAACCUAAAUAAAAGAAUCAGAAUAUUAAGAGCUGGAAAGAACAACAGAGUUUUGUUUUAUUUCACUUUAUUUUGCAGGUGGGAAAACUGACAAAGAUAGAAUGUGAACCUAGGUCAUCUUACUCCAAUCCUUGGAGCUUUCUCUACUACAUCAUGUUAAAAUGUCAUCUUGAAAUAGAGCUAUGUGUAUGCUUUAAAAAGCAACUAAGUCACAUUUUCAAAGUUGUUAUUACAUUAUUACCAAGAAACCAAAUGCUUAGUGUUAGUUGAAAAUGAACAAACAGGUAACUUCUCAGUUUCUAGUUUAAUGAAAAAAAAGCAACCUAACGGUUUAUGUUUGCAUCCUGACCAGUAACCCAUCCAGCCCAGCACUCUUUGGCUGAGGCACCAGACCACCUCAGUGAGAGUAUGAGAGCUAUCAUCUAUAAUCUCUGAACCAUAAAAAUCAAUGUAUACCAAGAAAUCACAGAUUUUCCUUAACCCACUUCAGACUUAAAAUCUAUGUCAAUAUCGAAAUAUUACUUGAAUCUUUGUAUUUACACCUUUCUUAGGUUGUGAGGAUAAACACAGCUAUGUAUUGGGCACUGUUCUAAGCCCUAUAUACAUAAACUCAAAUCCUCACAGCCCUGGGAGAUGAAUAUGACUGUCACCCUAGUUAUAUAGAUAAGAAGUUAUAUAAACUGCCCAAGGUCAAGCAGUUAGUUGAUGGCAGAGGCGUAGUCUAUGUGCUUAACCACUAAGCAGUACUACCUUUUUUAUACCUCCAGUUUGAAAAGCACUUUCUUUUAAAUUUAUUAUUUUUAAGCUUCAAUGUAUACACCUCUAGGUAAGUUCCCAACCUGGGCGGGGCGGGGGCGGGGAUCAUGUUCGUCCAAAUUCUAACCUUUAUUCCUGUCAAUCUCCUCUUGUAUACUGAAGAUCUCUGAUUUUUUGAGACAUCUGGGAUGUUCUAUGUCCCUUUAUUAUUUUACUUUACCCUGGAACAUUUUCUAAAUAAAAGAUAAAUGAAGACAUAUGCUGCCCAGACUGCUUGGAUGACUCAUGGAUUCAGAUAAAUUGUAGGAAGAUGCUUCCUGUUUGAUUUCCAAUACCUACUUGAUUUUCAGCCUUGUUCUGAAGAAAGGUAUCCUGGCCACUUUACUGCCCCGCUGAGAAAAUUCUUCAAAAUUUGAGUGUAGCCCAGUCACUGACAGGCUAACCUCUCUGCCUAAUAUAUUAAGUGCACUUAAGAAGAGAGGUAAGAAAAAUUAUUUUCUUAACACUAAAAGAAUAAACCCAUUGCCAUCAAGUCACCUCUGACUCAUUUACUUAAAGCGAAAGUCUUAGCUUUCUAGCAAUAACUGGACAUUAAGGUUUACAUUGCAAUGAUCAAAUACUAUAUUAAGGAUAAUGAGAGCAGGUUUCUCACUGUCAGAGACAGGAGUUAUAAAUAAAGAACCCUGCAGUUUUAAAUUAGAAGAAUGUAUCAGGGUGAACUCAAGGUUAAUUAUAUGUAGUUUUGCUACUGAUAUCUGCUUACACUUUUUACCCAAAGUUUUUCCCUAGGCCCUUAUUUCAAUGAAAACAAUUUUAUACCACCAACUUUACUUAAACACCUUAAUUUUACAAAAGAAGCAGGCCCGAUGCUGCUUAUGAGGUAAACUUUAUUAGGAACUGUUGGAGGGAGGCUAGACACUUUAAAGACCUGAUAGGAGGGUGGGAAGUAUUACCCUAGGAGGCCCAUUUAAAAAUGCUGGCAAGAGCAUAACUUUAAAGAAAGGCCUUAUCACUACCUUGUUUGUAGGAAGGAGGGUUGCAGACCCAAAAUGUAUCUGCACCAACUGAAAGUUCACAUCCAAUGUCAAGGCCAAAGAAUACUGUAUUUUUUGAAAUUCAGUUAAACUGAGCAGUAAUGAUGCUAUCAUUACUGUUUUUGCCUUCCUGGAUCUAAUAGUUCUUUAAUAGCUUGAAAUCACUGACAAGAACGUUUUUUCUCUUGCACCUUGUCUACUUAACAUAUACCUAAUACUAUUUAUACUUUUUUUCUUAAGAUAAAUUCUCAGAUUGCUAAAGUAGAAUAUCAUAAUCUAAAAGCAGGUAAAUGUAAUCUCUUACCUUUCCAUAAAGAGGUAAGCUUUGUGUCAGCUUCUUUGUGGAUCAAAAUCAGAAGACCAAGAGGAAUCAGGUUCCAAUUCCUUUUCAACUAAAAAACUUUUAGAUUUGCCUUUAUUCCUCUCUGUUCUGAGCCUUCUUAGGAAGCUGCAGAGUAAACUCCUUGUUUCUAAUCUCUACAGUGUCUACUUCACUCUCAGCCCUUUGUGGCCUAGCCAGGAGGACAGGAACAUAUCCACCAACCUCUAAAUUAAAUCAACAAGAAGAAGCCAUAAUUAAAGAAAGCAUCGCAUUGACCUCUGCACAUGAAACACCAGAAGACAGUGGGGUAAACAUUACAAAAGGAUUUCAUAUGCAAAAGCAACAGAAAAACAUUCUUAGAUAUGUAAAAAAAAAAAAAGAUA